CGCGCCCUUUCGCCACCGCCGCGGUUUGUCCCUGCCGCCGCGCCGUAGCGGGGCGGUGCUGACUGGGCCCGGCGGGAAGGGGCGCUGGCGGCGGCUUACCAGAAAAGACCAAGAUGAGUCUACGGAAGCAAACCCCAAGUGACUUCCUAAAACAAAUCAUUGGGAGGCCAGUUGUUGUAAAAUUAAAUUCUGGAGUUGAUUACCGAGGUGUCCUGGCUUGCCUGGAUGGGUACAUGAAUAUAGCUCUGGAACAGACUGAAGAAUAUGUAAAUGGACAAUUAAAGAACAAGUACGGGGAUGCAUUUAUCCGAGGAAAUAAUGUACUGUACAUAAGCACACAGAAGAGGAGGAUGUGAAGAUGCCAGAAGGAGGCUGUUUUGUACUUGUGAACCUCUUCGAAGUGAUGAACCCUAUUUGAGCUGUAGUUUAUAGCCCAAAGGUGAAAUAGACAAGUGUUUAAAUAUAUUUUUUUUUAAAUAAAUGUAAACCAAUGUAAACUUCCUGAAUGUUUUUGUUUCAAGGCAUUGCUUUGUUCCACUGUACAGAAAAACAAUAAAAGAGAAGCAUGUAGUAGUGCCGCAAGACUAAUUCAAA